ACGGGGAGCUGUGUCAGCAGCCUUCACGUUCUUACAAGUGCACUCUUCGCGAUUAGUGUACUGAACAGUGUUUCUAACAUCUUCUCGUAAAAGGAGAAAGCUUCACAGCCUCAACCAUGAAGGAAAGCAGUCGCAGAGGGCAUGGAGCUGGAGAACCAUGAACAGCACGUGGUGCUGAGAGAGGACAACCGCCGCAGGCGCCGGAGGAUGAAGCCGCGCAGCGCGGCGGCCAGCCUGUCCUCCAUGGAGCUCAUCCCCAUUGAGUUUGUGCUGCCCACCAGCCAGCGCAACACCAAGACCCCCGAAACGGCGCUGCUGCACGUGGCUGGCCACGGCAACGUGGAGCAGAUGAAGGCCCAGGUGUGGCUGCACGCGCUGGAGACCAGCGUGGCCGCCGACUUCUACCACCGGCUCAGCCCCGACCACUUCCUCCUGCUCUACCAGAAGAAGGGGCAGUGGUACGAGAUCUACGACAAGUACCAGGUGGUGCAGACCCUGGACUGCCUGCGCUACUGGAAGGUGCUGCACCGGAGCCCCGGGCAGAUCCACGUGGUGCAGAGGCUCGCGCCCUCGGAGGAGACGCUGGCCUUCCAGCGCCAGCUCACGGCCCUCAUUGGCUACGACGUCACCGACGUCAGCAACGUGCACGACGACGAGCUGGAGUUCACGCGCCGCCGCCUGGUGACCCCGCGCAUGGCCGAGGUGGCCGGCCGCGACACCAAGCUCUACGCCAUGCACCCCUGGGUGACGUCCAAGCCCCUCCCCGAGUACCUGCUGAAGAAGAUCACCAACAACUACAUCUUCAUUGUCAUUCAUCGCAGCACCACCAGCCAGACCAUCAAGGUCUCAGCCGAUGACACCCCGGGCACCAUCCUCCAGAGCUUCUUUACCAAGAUGGCCAAGAAGAAGUCCCUGAUGGAUAUCCCUGAAAGCCAGAACGAACAGGACUUUGUGCUGCGCGUCUGUGGCCGGGAUGAGUACCUGGUGGGUGAGACGCCCAUCAGAAACUUCCAGUGGGUGAGGCAGUGCCUCAAGAACGGGGAAGAGAUUCACCUGGUGCUUGACACUCCGCCGGACCCAGCCUUGGACGAGGUGAGGAAGGAAGAGUGGCCGCUGGUGGACGACUGCACGGGAGUCACCGGCUACCACGAGCAGCUGACCAUCCAUGGGAAGGACCACGAGAGCGUGUUCACCGUGUCCCUGUGGGACUGUGACCGCAAGUUCAGGGUAAAAAUCAGAGGCAUCGAUAUCCCUGUCCUGCCCCGGAACGCGGACCUCACGGUUUUUGUGGAGGCAAACAUCCAGUAUGGGCAGCAAGUCCUCUGCCAAAGGAGAACCAGCCCCAAACCCUUCACGGAGGAGGUGCUGUGGAAUGUGUGGCUUGAGUUCAGUAUCAAGAUCAAAGACUUACCCAAAGGGGCUCUGCUGAACCUCCAGAUCUACUGCGGCAAAGCUCCAGCUCUGUCUGGUAAGGCCUCUGCGGAGACUCCCAGUCCCGAGUCCAGGGGCAAAGCUCAGCUUCUGUAUUACGUGAACCUGCUGCUCAUAGACCACCGGUUCCUCCUGCGCCACGGGGAGUACGUGCUCCACAUGUGGCAGUUAUCCGGGAAGGCGGAAGACCAUGGCAGCAUCAAUGCUGACAAGCUCACGUCUGCCACCAACCCGGACAAGGAGAACUCAAUGUCCAUCUCCAUUCUUCUGGACAAUUACUGUCACCCCAUAGCCUUGCCUAAGCAUCGGCCCACCCCUGACCCGGAAGGGGACCGGGUUCGAGCAGAAAUGCCCAAUCAGCUUCGGAAGCAACUAGAGGCGAUCAUAGCCACCGAUCCACUUAACCCUCUCACAGCCGAAGACAAAGAGUUGCUCUGGCAUUUCAGAUAUGAAAGUCUGAAGGAUCCCAAAGCGUAUCCUAAGCUCUUUAGCUCAGUGAAAUGGGGACAGCAAGAAAUUGUGGCCAAAACAUAUCAACUGUUAGCCAGAAGGGAGGUCUGGGAUCAAAGUGCUUUGGAUGUUGGAUUAACAAUGCAACUCCUGGACUGCAGCUUUUCGGAUGAAAACGUAAGAGCCAUUGCCGUUCAGAAACUGGAGAGCUUGGAAGACGAUGACGUGCUACAUUACCUGCUGCAGCUGGUCCAGAACAAAAGAAUUGGUCACUUCUUAUUUUGGUUCUUGAGAAGUGAGAUCGCCCAGUCCAGACACUAUCAGCAGAGGUUUGCAGUGAUCCUGGAAGCCUACCUGAGGGGCUGUGGCACGGCCAUGCUACACGACUUCACCCAGCAAGUCCAAGUAAUUGACAUGUUACAAAAGGUGACCAUGGAUAUCAAAUCGCUCUCUGCAGAAAAGUAUGACGUCAGUUCCCAAGUUAUUUCCCAACUUAAGCAAAAGCUUGAAAUCCUACAGAAUUUGAAUCUCCCCCAAAGCUUCAGAGUUCCGUAUGACCCUGGACUGAAAGCAGGAGCCCUGGUGAUUGAAAAAUGUAAAGUGAUGGCCUCCAAGAAAAAGCCCCUGUGGCUUGAGUUUAAAUGUGCCGACCCUACAGCUCUGUCAAAUGAAACAAUUGGAAUUAUCUUUAAACACGGCGACGAUCUGCGCCAGGACAUGCUGAUUUUACAGAUUCUACGAAUCAUGGAGUCCAUUUGGGAGACUGAAUCUUUGGAUCUGUGCCUCCUGCCAUAUGGUUGCAUUUCAACUGGCGACAAAAUAGGAAUGAUCGAGAUCGUGAAAGACGCCACGACGAUCGCCAAAAUUCAGCAAAGCACAGUGGGCAACACGGGCGCCUUUAAAGAUGAAGUGCUGAAUCACUGGCUCAAAGAGAAAUGCCCUAUUGAAGAAAAGUUUCAGGCAGCGGUGGAGAGAUUCGUUUAUUCCUGUGCUGGCUACUGUGUGGCAACCUUUGUUCUUGGAAUAGGUGACAGACACAAUGACAAUAUUAUGAUCUCAGAGACAGGAAAUCUGUUUCAUAUCGACUUUGGGCACAUUCUUGGGAAUUACAAAAGUUUCCUGGGCAUUAAUAAAGAGAGAGUGCCAUUUGUGCUAACUCCAGACUUCCUGUUUGUGAUGGGGACUUCUGGAAAGAAGACGAGUCGACACUUCCAGAAAUUUCAGGAUGUCUGCGUCAAGGCUUACCUAGCCCUUCGUCAUCACACAAACCUACUCAUCAUCCUCUUCUCCAUGAUGCUGAUGACAGGAAUGCCCCAGUUAACCAGCAAAGAAGAUAUCGAAUACAUUCGGGACGCCCUGACAGUGGGGAAGAGCGAGGAGGAUGCUAAAAAGUAUUUUCUAGAUCAGAUUGAAGUUUGCAGAGACAAAGGAUGGACUGUGCAGUUCAACUGGUUCCUACAUCUUGUUCUUGGCAUCAAACAAGGGGAGAAACAUUCUGCCUAAUACUUUGGGCUAGAAUUUAAAAGCUUUAGAUCUGUACGGCGGUCAUCAAACUUGAUUUAAAAUGUCCUAGGACAUUAUGAAAGCUGCCACUUGAGAAAUAUAGCUCUUUCUCUAGCUGAACUCUUCACUGGAGAAAAAUAUUGGCACGUCUGAUUGUUUAGGUGAUGUUCAAUUUCAGCCUUAUUUGCAGGUUUGUUUUUUUCUCAUUUGUCUCCAUGAUGUUGGAGAACAUUCUAAGUUUAAACAGCCUAAUUCCUCCCUCAUUGUGGCUGAUGUUUUGACUAUCAUACUAUUGAGUACUUCUGGAAAUUCUUUAGAGUAAUUGGUAACAUCUCUUUUCAUCUGGGCUUCUUCUCAAUUUGGGUUAUCCUUGUGUUUCUCAAACACUUUUCAGAAGAAAAAAAAUAUGGUCAUUGUAACCUUUGUCUCAUUCCGUAAACGACACUUCCGAACAGCCCCUCCCUGGCUGCAAAUGUUAGUGAUGUGCUAAAAGUAAGCAAAGCGAGCUAGUCUUUUCAGGGUCUUUUGUAGUUAGGUUCUCUUACCACUGAGACUCACAAACACAAAAUGGAACAUCUGAACCUUUGUGCCCUGGCCCUUCUCCGCUGGUCUGGUUCCAGGGUUAAGAAGAGCAAAAUUUGUCUCAACUCUGCCCACAGAGCAAACUCUCAAGUGCAAUUAUGAUAGCCUUCUCAGCAUAGGAACAGGAAAUAACUAAAGGGACUCAUUUGGGGCCUUUAUAUUUCCCCCCCACACUGCCUCUCUUCUUCUUCACUUUCCACAUUCUCACAGCUCUUUAUGCAGAGUUGUGAAACCUUCAAGAAUACCUUUACCCUAGAACUCAAAAUUAGUUGAAAAGAAUUUCUCCUCUAGGGAUACUAGAAUUUUAGGUACUUAUUUGUAAAGAUGUUUGCUGGAGUUUUUAAAAAGUACAUUAUUAAAGGAGACAUUCCUGAAAUUAUGGAUGUUUCCAAAUGCCUUCAUUUCAAAUUUUGGUCUCAGCAGUUUUUUCUUUCUUUUUUAAUGGAAGAAGAUAUUUAAUACCUAAAACAGUUCUCCAAGUUAGGAAGAACACUACUUGCCCUAUGCAUCUUGCAGUUUAAAGGACUUUUACACUCCAACACAUUCUUCACAUUUUCUAAAAAUAAUUCAAAUGUCUUCUUUAAAAACUAUUUUCAUCUCUGAAAUAUCUUCUAUUUAUUGGAAGUGUUAACAGAGAAAGAUCAUUAAAUUAUUUAUAAAAUAUCUUAAAAUGACCUAUAGUUAAUACUUGACAUAGAAAUAACUCUGUUAAUGGUGUCUAUGUUUUAAGUUUAAUGAGAUAUAAAUAUAUAUUUAAUUUUUAAGUUUUCUAAAUAGAUACCUGUUGGACUUUGGUGUAGCCCAAACCUUUCCUUUUGAGUAUGCAAAAGCCCAGUGGUUCUUAACUCUGGCUGCAAAUCAGAAUCACCAGGGUUACUUUAAAAAUGUACUCUGCCUGAGCACCCACCUCGGCUUGUAAUCAAUUAGUUUGGGAUGAGGCCCAGACAUCAGUGUUUGCCUAAGUACUCCAGGUGAUUCUAAUAUGCAAGCAGGGUUCAAAAGCCCUGCACGACCCUUGAAGGUGCAGGUGACACUGCUUCCUUUUCUACUGAUCCUUUUCCCAGCUCCUAAGGUAUCCAGAAAAAGCUCCUCUUCCUUGACAACUCAUCCUUUUAAAAUUACACUUAUCACUCUGUACAGAGGACCAUGCCUGUAAUGAAAUAUUUAUUCCUCUGUGUUAAUGGAGAAUAGACGUUUUGUAGCAUUUUUAAACCAACUAUUCCCCACCAUUCUUUUUUUUUUUUUUUUUUUUUUUUUUUGCGGUACGCGGGCCUCUCACUGUUGUGGCCUCUCCCGUUGC